CCCAGACCAACGCAGCCAAACCUUUCCUUUCACUUCCCUUCCAUCCCCAGCGAGCGAAUUCACCGAGUCAACAACGUCCGGCACCGGCAGCACCUACCCCGCCUUCUCCUCCUCCCAAGUCCCAAAACCCAGCAGGCCUCGCGCUCGCGGCGAACCCUAAUGGUGGCGCAGGGGAUCGCGGAGGCCCUGCAGGCCUACACGGGCCUCACGCCGGGGGCCGCCGCCACCAUCCUCGCCCUCAUGCUCGCGACCUACCUCCUCGUCUCCUCCCUCUUCGUCGCCCCCGCCGCCCCCUCCCCCGCGUCGCCUCCCAAGCAGCCCGAGCAGCAGCGGGAGGAGGAGAGGAAGGAGAAGGAGCAGGAGGAGGAGGAGGAGGCGCCGAUGCCCUUCGUGUUUCCGGACCCCGUGGAGGUCGGCGAGGUCACGCUCGAGCAGCUCAGGGCGUACGACGGCAAGGACCCCGCCAAGCAGAUCCUCAUCGCCAUCCGCGGCCAGGUCUACGACGUCUCGCGCGGGAGGCUCUUUUAUGGCCCUCAGGGACCAUACUCCUUGUUUGCCGGGAGGGAUGCAACCCGGGCCCUGGCAUUGAUGUCAUUUGACCCUAAUGACCUCACCGGGGAUUUGGACGGCCUAAGCCCCGAUGAGCUGGAGGUGUUGCAAGACUGGGAGGAAAAAUUCAAGGAGAGGUACCCGAGGGUGGGUCACCUUGCCCGUCAAGACGCAGCAGGCAGUGACGCCUAACUCCAUCGUCGGUUUGCUUCAUCCCCUGAUUUUCUUCUCACUGGAUCCCAGGCGGUAGAUCUGAUGCGCUCACUAGCAGGUGGCGCUGCUCGCGUCAUCGUGUGUUGUAUGUACGUGUGACUAAUGUACCUGCCCUGCCCGCUUUUAUUUUGGUGCCUAGUGGAUUAGGGGAGGUUUCGAGUGGCAGAAUAACUGUGGAGGCUUUGAGGGAACAUCCCAUGUGUAUAUCGGUGCGUGAUUUCUGUCAUGAUUUCUGGCUUUGUUGCUCGUGUAACAACGAUCCUGCUGUCAGCUAAAGCACCAUAAUUCGCCAACCCACAGCAUAGCCCGAUUACUUUU